UGCACAAAGUGAUACUAAGAAACAAAACAAUGUGAGAUUUGCAUAUAAUUUGUAGUUUUGUAAUUUAUAUUGAAUGCGUGCCGUUAAAUUUAUUAAUCAAAAUUAAUAAAGUAAAACCUAGAAGAUGGAUUAUGAACAUCCUGAAAAAAGAAUAAGACUGGAAGACUCCAAAAAUGAAACUGUAUCCCAACAUUCUGAGGGAAUUAAUUUACAAACUGAAUCUAAUUAUUCCAAAUUUGAAAGAGUGCUAAAAAGAACAAAAGUUGAAGAGCCAGGAAUUGAACUUAAUGACAGUAUCAAAGAGUUUCAGCUUCUUGAUGAAGUUCAAGGAUCAAAUUCAGAGGAAGACGAUGAUGCGUUAAAUUCUAACAAUGAGUAUUCUUCGAGCCUCGAUAUAGACGAAAGUGAAAUAGAAAAUUUAUUAGAUGAAGCUUUGCCUGAUGAAAUAAAGAACAAGAAGAAGCAAUGCCAAUACGAAGAAAAAUUUAAAACAGUUUUAGAUGUAAAAGGUCAUAAUCAUUUUGAAGUAUUACCAGAAGGUUGGGUAGAGGUUACUCAUAACAGUGGUAUGCCAAUCUAUCUGCAUAAACAAACAAGAGUUUGCUCCGUUUCAAAGCCAUACUUUCUUGGUCCUGGUAGUGCAAGAAAACACGAAGUACCCCUAACUUCCAUACCAUGUUUAAGUUACCGUAAAGCAUUGGAAAAAGAAGCGGAAAUUAAUAAAGAUAAACUACAAAUGAAUGGAAACGAAAAAAAUAAUCAAGAUAUGGGGGAAAUUUCCGCACAACCUAAUGAUGGUGAGCAAAAUAUUGCUGUUCCAAAAACUUUUGUUCAAAAAAUUCCUAAUGCCUGUAUUGAAACUGCUAAAGAAAAUAUAGAAUCUCAGUCUCUAUCGCCAGAAAGUAUAACAGAAUAUUGUAAAAGAUUAUUUAAAUUUAAAACAAUUCGUGUAAUGCGAUUUAGAUCGUGGUCAGCUAGAAGAAAAUUUACGAAAAAUCGGAAAAACAUUAAAAUUUUUCAACGUCCAACAUUACCAGAUGGUACUAAACUAAUUAAAUUUCCAAUUCUUUCGGGAGAUCAGAAUCAACCUAAUACUUCUCUUGGGCGUUGUCGGAAAGAAUGGAUUAUGAACCCAAAUGGCAAAAGCUACGUAUGCAUUUUACACGAAUAUGUUCAACAUGCUCUAAAAAAACAGCCCACAUAUGAAUUUAAAGAAUUAGAGAAUUCUGCGACCCCUUAUUGCGCUACAGUUGCGAUAAAUUCUUUAAAGUAUGGAACUGGAUAUGGCACAAGUAAGAAGCAAGCUAAAUCUGAAGCAGCCCGAGAGACCUUGGAAAUAUUAAUACCAGAAAUGAAAGACAAAAUUACUGGAGAAAAGCAAACAACAAGUACAAAUAAAUGCAAUUUAUAUAAAGAUCUUUCUAUAUUUGAUGAUAUAAAAAUAGAGGAUCCUAGAGUGGCAGAAUUUUGUAAUAAAACUACAGAGCCAUCUCCCCAUGCUAUUCUUUUGACAUGUUUGCAAAGAAAUUUUGGGUUUGGUGACGUUCAAAUAAAUUAUGAAAUUAAUACAACAAAACAUAAAAAAAACGAAUUCACAAUGACUGUUGGGAAACAUUCUGCAACUGUAAAUUGUAAAAAUAAAAAGGAAGGAAAACAACUAGCAUCACAAGCUAUACUGCAGAUGUUACAUCCACACUUAAAAACUUGGGGCUCUUUACUAAGGCUUUAUGGAAAUAAUUCUGUAAAAAGUUUCAAGGAGAAAAAGCAGGAAGAACAAGAAAUUACAGCCUUGCAAAGUAAAGCUGCUAUAAAUCAACCAAAUUAUGCCAUUUUAAAUAAAUUAAAAAAAGAGAUGACAAAGCUUGCUGAAUCUCAAAAAGCUAUGAAAUCACUGGGGACCUUUACUCCGCCAUGUGAUGUAACUAUUUUAGCAAAAACUAACUUGAAUAAUAUAGAACUUUAAAAAACGACACGAAACAAUAGGAUUUUUACUUAUAAAUCAAAACAAAUAUUGGACAUAUGAAACAGUAUUAUUUAAUAAAUUUAAGCUAUUCAAUUUUUUCGAUCCCAGUUAGCUUUUUAUGUUCUAAUUAGAUAUGAAUUUCGCUCAACGUAGUAGACAAAUCAAUGACAUUUAUUGGUUCAGUGAAAAAAUUACUCGCAUAUACAUUAUGUAUGUACACAUGUUUUAACAGACCACAAAUAUAAGUCUGUGGAGAAAAAGAAUGGAAAGUCUGUGUUAAAACUACUUAUUCUUCACUCAAUUCUUGUGAACCUAAUAUACAUAUAUGUACAUAUUUGAAUUGAACAUAUUGUAUUACAGUGAAAUUAAACUUGAUGAAGUUUAUACUCUUAUUGAUGCCAUUUUUAUCAAUCAAAAAUUGUUGGCCUAGCUGAACUAAGACAAAAACUAAAAUGAAAUUAUAUGCCGCACCGCAAUAGAGAUUGAACUGUUUUUAUUUGUUUAUAGAUUCAUUUCAUGAAUUGUAAAUAUAUCAGUUGAAUUGUA